AUGUCUACUGCUGCUUCUAAUGUUACCUAUAUGACUGAUGGUGAAAUCAAGGCUCAGGUUGACGCAGAAGCUGAAGAAUUUCUCGGAACUCUACGAGAACUAGGUAAAGUAUCGUUCGACAAUGAAUGUUAUAAAGUACUUCGUACAUGGCCUACAGUCCAACGUAACUGGUCAGAACAUGUCGCGCGAAAAGCGGCUUUCAAUCAAGCUUUAUCUCAAGUCAGGAUAAUCCCUACUACAGUCAAUACUGAUUCUGGUGCUCAUACUAUUUCCAACGAUACUAAAGAUAGUGGAUCCCCCGCAUCCGGUAGAACUGGGUAUACUAUUCAGAUGCCUUACUGGUUGAGUCCGAUCGCAGACGGUGAUCAAGCCGGUUAUCAAGAAUGGAUUAAAGAUGCAGCAGAAAGCACUGUGCGAAACUUAUCUGGAUUCAUGGCCGAAAGCUUUGCCAGAGGGAUCCAGCCUACCGCCUGGGAUAUUAAAAAUGUGGCAACCAGUACCAUCAACAGAAGUACUAAUUCCCAAUUGCGUAUUCCUGUUCCAUACGAGCACGAUCCUGAUAGUGAUCCUGAACAAGAUAUCGAGAGGGAAAAAACAAGAAAAUGGCCUAAUCCGCUCCUGUCAAGAAUGCAAGGUUCAUUCUUGUUGGAUCCAAAUGUUGAUAUUGACGAAUUGAAGAAGAUCAGAGAAUUGCAGAGCAGAUAUAAGCAAGAAUUCGAUUUCUGCGGCGACACAGAAGAGUUAUCUAAACCUUAUCCUGAUGACUAUGUGGUAGCUACAUAUGAUGUAACUUCAAGUUCAAAUCAAGGAAUUACCAGGGCCAACGCCUCCCUCAAACUCAAUCACGAGCGAGAGAGACUUAGAAGAAGGAAAGAUGAAUAUGGAAACAAGUAUCAAGGACCCAAAGGAGGUCAAUUCAAUCCUGAAUUCGUUGGACAACAUCGUGAAGAGAUCGUUUCAGCUCUCACGGAUGCAAUCCAAACUGACCCAACGAGCUUAGUGUUGGAAAAUGUGGACGCGUCUUCCUAUCUUACUGAUCAAAGUGGAAAUUCAAUCACUGCUCAAACUGGACAGAGGCCUGAUGUCACAUUCCAACUUGUCAAAGGUCCUGGAAUCGAGUUCAAGGUACUUGCGAAAUCUGACGACGAGUCUUUGGGUAUACACCUAGCAAGAUUGCCACCCAAGCCCUCGUCCUGA